AUGCCUAUACCGACGACUCAAGAUAACAGCCAACAAUGGCCUCCGCCUUUCAAGCGAACAGGUCAGAGACUUACCACCAUCACAGACAACAGGAAGUCUCAGCGGACCCCGAUCUAUCCCCUCAAUUUCUGGCUCUGCGUUCUUAUUCUCUCUCUGGUGAAGUUCGCGUCCACCAUACUACUCUCAUAUCCUUGGCCAAAGCUCUUGGUGGCUGCCGUCUGCCGACAUCACUACGAAAGCGACACCCACAACCCUCAUGAGGAUCCUCCAAAUGAAGUUUGUGCAGGUGGAGAGGUAACGAUGCAUUUCGAAUCUAUGGCGAAUUUGCUGAGCAUUUCGUCAUCACUUGCUGCGAUUAUGGUACAGAUUCCCAUGGGAAUUAUUGUAGAUAGGGGAAAUAGACGUCUUGCGCUUACCCUCAAUAUCAUCGGCAUUGUCUUGUACUGGGGCUCUAUUCUACUCUUUGGACUUGUGCCAUCCUUCCCUCUCUGGUGUUUCUAUCUAUCGCCUCUCUUUCUCUUCCUAGGUGGAGGCCCCGUUGUAACCAGCACUCUGGUCUAUUCUGCCAUAAGCAACAGUGUAAAACCGAGGCAGCGAAUAAUCGCCUUCUCAUUCCUAGAAGCAUUUUCAGGCAUGUGCAAUUUCUUCGAGCCAGCUCUCAAGAUAUCAACCAUGACCAUUCCCCUCUGGUUGUCAUUCACGCUCACCCUUAUUAUCCAUGUGUUGUGUUUCAUUCCGGCUUGCUACCUCACAGAAGACAAAAAUGCAUCAGUGAGAGAGGAUUUGCCACUUGAAACUGGUGUCUUCAGAGGCGAGGCAGAAGCGUUACUUGGUAACACUCCUGGUGGUGAAGCUAUCGAUUGGAGCCGGAACAUUAUAAGAAGGCCCUUUUCAAAGCUCACCAUCCUCAUAAUCAGCUUCAUUUGCUUCUUUAUAGUCAACUUUACGACAGGCUCUAUGGGCUUUUCAUUCAGUUGGAUCUUUUGGCAUAUUCCUGAGGUCUGGAGUGACAUCGACCUAUUGACCUAUCUAAGAGCAAUUGUGCUGCCUCUACUGUUCUUUGUUAUGUUACCGUUCACCACACGCCAGCUAGAUAGAACAUGUCACUUCGCAAAGAGGGAUCUCAUACUGUCCGCAUCUGGUAUAAUCCUCGCUGCGGUUGGUACCCUUCUCGCCUUGUUGGCUCCAAAUUUUGUGAUUGUUGUCGUUGCGUUUGUUAUAACUCUUUCUGGAUCAGUUAUGUCUGUGGCCCUACGAUCUUUUGUUACUUCAAACAUCGAAGACACCUUUUCUGGGCGGCUAUUUGCUGGCAUUUCUGUUACGGAGACUAUUGGUAGUCUUGUCGGGGCUUCAAUUAUGCACUCUCCAAAUGCACCAGACGGGCGCCCGUUUAUUAUAUCAGUGGUAUGCGGAGGCUAUUAUUCUACUUGA